AUGUUCCUGGUUGUGCCUGGUUGUCUAUUGCUGGGUAAGUUGUAAUAUUAUAUAUAUACCCUGUGUCUAAAACACUGUAACAAACUUAGGCAAUUACAGUUCAAACGAUUUGGAUGCAACAUUGUUGCAUGGACUCGUUUGAACACUAUCUAUCUAUAUCUAUCGUAAAAUCAUGCAAUCAUUUCGAUCAGAGCAAACUAAAAUUGGUAAUGUUGGCUCGAGUUGACUUGGUAAUGUUGGUUCAUCUCAACAUCAUCUAACAUUGGCCUCGUUUGAUCAUGAACACUAUCUCUCUAUCGUAUAAAAUUUGUUUGACUUUAGUUCAAAAUUUUAGUUCAUAGGCAUAGCCGCUUUAUUGAUCGUGAUCAGUGAAUCCAGUUCGUGUAUCUCGGGCCUCGGUCUACCCUGGAAUCUGUACUAAAACCACUAAUUCUGUUUUGUGAUGAUUGGCGCGGUUUAAUCAAAGAAUCGCCCCGUUGAACCAGAGCCUUCGCGACAUUUCAAUUUAUUAGAGACCUUAAGAUUGACGUUUACGGCAAACGUCAAACCGCUAGCGAAGUUUUUGAUUUUACAACUCUAUUAUUAUAGCUUUCACACCAGUUUUCAAAUAUGUUAAACUUACCAAACUUGUGCUCUUUAUCAAUGAUUUAAGAAAGCAAAUUACCCACUAGUCAUGCCACUCACCAAAGCAGUAAAUUAAGAUUUGGCGUUUGAAGUUGACGUUUGGCGUAUAAAUUUCAUGCUUUAACGACUACAAGCCCUCGUAGCAGUUCAAGCAUGAAAUUUAUACGCCAAACGUCAACUUCAAACGCCAAAUCUUAAUUUACUGCUUUGGUGAAUGGCAUGACUAGUGGUUAAUUUGCUUUCUUUAAAUCAUUGAUAAAGAGCACAAGUUUAAUAAGUUUAACAUAUUUCAAAACUGGUGUAAAAGCUAUAAUAAUAGAAUUGUAAAAUCAAAAACUUCGCUAGCGGUUUGACGUUUGCCGUAAACGUCAAUCUUAAGGUCUCUAUUAUCGCCAACCAUAUGCAGUUUGCCGCAUAUUUCAGAUUUAGUUUUGCAAUGCAUCAUGCCUCGUUUUUGAAAAGAAUUUCACGUAUGGAAGCAAUGAUGUACUAGCUCUUGAGUUUUCAUAUAAUGGUUUUCAAAGAUAUUUGAUAUAUCUAGUUGUUAAAAUGCCAUGUCAUUCCUCACUCAUGCAUGCACUGAAUCGAAAUUUUUAUUUUUUAAUCGAUUGUUUACUGUCGAAGGCUCUGGAAUCCAUAUAUUUAUCAGAAAACAUAUAAAAAUUAAAGCAGAAAGAGCAAACAGAAACGAAUGAUAAAUAUAAGGACAAUUUAUACACAUACAUAAAUACAUGCAGACAUUAUUUAAUCAUGCCAGCCACGACAACUUUUAAAGCUGGUUUCAAUGAGGGCGUAUAUUCAUAAACUAUAUGCAUAUAAAUUAUGGCGGUACAAAAUAAAAGGAUCACAAGGAGAAGACAAAAACAAGACAUUAUUAAUUCAUUCAAAGAUAUAUUGGCAAAUUAGCGUGCCGGUUUCAACUCAUUCUUUGUUUUAGAAUCGCUAAUUUUAACAACACUUAAGAACACAAUAUAAUUCUUGCCUCAUAGAAAAGAUUAUUCCAAAGUGCGGCACCAGUGAUAAUUGCCGAAAUUUUUAUAUGUAGUUCUUUUUCCCAAAUUAAUCGUAAUUUAUACAAGCGAUACUGUAUUUAGUACUCACUCAUGUCGAAUGCUAGGCGACUUUUUUAAAUUAGGAACCUUCGGAGAUUUUCUUCGACGUUAAACCGCUGACCGCGGCUUAUCGCCAACCAUAUGCAGUUUGCCGCAUAUUUCAGAUUUAGUUUUGCAAUGCAUGCCUCGUUUUUGAAAAGAAUUUCACGUAUGGAAGCAAUGAUGUACUAGCUCUUGAGUUUUCAUAUAAUGGUUUUCAAAGAUAUUUGAUAUAUCUAGUUGUUAAAAUGCCAUGUCAUUCCUCACUCAUGCAUGCACUGAAUCGAAAUUUUUCCGGCAUUUUCAAUGCCCCAUGCAUGCAAGUGCUGCCCUUGUUAAAAUGUUAGGACUACGCGUUUUGGGCCGAAAGUGGUGCAUCUUCCCGUGCGUAAUACAAAUUAAUACAAAAUUUGCAAAUUUCGCAGGGCUAUAUUUUCCGCAUUUUACAACAUUUCGCAACCAAACUUUGCAAUUUUGCUAAUUUUAACAUGCUCUUUCUAGCUGUGCUGAUGGAUUUUGUUAUUCUUGCCUAGGUCAAAAUUUAGUCUAUAGCCGGAAUCGAACAGUUGCACCGACGUGCAGCAAAAUUUAUUCUUUCGCUCCUGUACAAAACAUCUAUCUCGUAUAAGAAACGAUUGGCUACCAUAGGAAUCCUCGGCCUCUAUGUUACUGGCAUGAGUAUUUAGAUAUGGUGUAUCUUCACAAAUGCCUUAUAAAUAACUCUGACAGUAACAUAUCUAUAAAGAUUCCUACACGAGAAACAAGGAAUACUAGUUCAACCAACGGCAUCCUACUUCAUGUAACCAAAAGUAAAACUGUUUCUUUUCAAAACAGCUUUUACAUCAGAGCUGCUAAUGUGUGGAACAUGUUUCCCGGCUUCAUAUGAAAUACCACCACAUCUCUAGCUGCAUUUAAGUGUAAUCUAAUGAAAUAUUACGUAGAAUUAACCCAACAAAUUUAUGAUCCUGAAGAUCCAAGAACAUUUAAGUCUGUGUGUAUUAAAUGUCACACCACUCGCCCACUAAUGAACUUAUCAACUCGAACAUGUUGCUAAAUUUAGUUUUUGUUCGUUUGUUCGUCAAUACGUUUGCUUUGUCUUCUUGUAUUUGUGUUUAAUUGUUAUGUUUGCCUUAACUUCAAAAUAAUUAGAUAUACCAUUAGUUGUUCUUUUUUGGAACCCCGUUAUUGGAGAACUAUCUCUGUGUGGAAAUUCCAGUCAUUUGUAACCAUAGUACUCUAUAUAGAUCUAUUGCAAUGGCAAACUUGUAAAAUAAAUAGAAUUGCCCAUUGUAUCUAUAUACAAUUUUCAACCUAACAGUUGCAGGGGUUUUUUGUAGAUGGAAAUUUUGAAAGGAAGAUUAUAUACAAUUUUAGACUUAACCAUGCAGAUUAUAUACAAUUUUAGCGGACUUAACCAUGAGUAUAGGCCCUCUCGCAGGAAUCGAAUUACCUGCGAUUCCAGUGCAACACUCUAACCAACUGAGCUACAUGUAAAAUGCACUAACAUGCACUGACCGUUAACCAUGCAAGGGUGGGUUGUAGCGAAGUAGUUGUAGUUCGCUACUGUAGCGAACUACAAUUUUCAAGUAGCCAGUAGUUUUUUACUACUUUUUUAAAAGAGUAGUUGUAGUUAUAGCGAACUACAUUUUGCCUAAAAGUAGCCAAGUAGUUGACUACUUUUCAAACAGCGAAUCGCUAUUCGCUACUUUUUAAAAUAUGUUAGCAACCGUUCAUAGAAUAGAAUGAUAUUAAGACACGGUUUGCUUAAAAUAUUAUUUUAUACAGUAAAGAUUAUUUUAGCGCAAUGAAAAGUGGCACUCCUGAACACUGUAGUGCUUACAAAAAUGUUGCUUUGAGCCUUUUUGUUUACUGUUGCUAUACUCGUAAGUCGAUUUGUUGUAGAUUAUAUUACAGCCUGAGCUAGUGGAUGCUCCAAAUACCGUAAAACUAAAAAAUAUAGAGUAGCGAAAUAGCGAAAUAGUUCGCUACAUUUUUUAAACAGUAGCUGUAGUCAGUAGCGAACUACUUUUGUUCAAAAGUAGCAGUAGUUGUAGUUGUUUACAUAUUUUUGAAGUAGCUGUAGUUAUAGCGAACUACAAAAAUUUUGUAGUCAAGCCACCCUUGCCGUUAACACCACUUAACUGUUCUUCUCUGUUCUUUUAUAGUUUUCAGUGGCGUCCAAAGCAAGACGUCCAUCGAUUUAAUGCAACAUCUUUUCAAUGCCAGUCGCUAUGAUAAACGAGUCAUUCCGUCAGCUGGACGAGGAACUAAUGUACCUUUGAACGUUUCAAUGGGAUUGGCAUUAAUGCAAAUUGAAAAUUUGGUAAGUUUCCAAUACAAUGAAAUGGCGAAAAAUAUAAUGGGCACGCAUGCGUAUAGUGCUUGAUCAGUAUCGUUAUGUGAGAUUUAUAAGAGUUACAAUAAUAAUAAUAAUAAUAAUAAUGACUUUAUUUCAGUACGAGGUGGCUCUUCACCUGAGAUACAGUAUCUAUUUACAAAGAUAUACUAUCUAUUUAAUUUCUAUAAUAAACACAUAAAAACUAACAUCGAUUAUAAGAAAAAUAGUGUCUCUAUAUAUAGUCCAAGCGAGAUUUAGCUUUCUCAAACAAAUAAUUAAAAGUGUUCCUGCGAAACACAUUAAAAUCAGGACAUGCAGUUACGUGUUUCUAAUGGCAAGUUAUUAAAAAACUUAGCAGCUUGGUCUUGAAAUGUAUGUGAGGUCAUGGGAAUCUCAAGAGAGAUUCCCGAGUUUGACCUCAAAGUCCUGGAAGGCUUUACAAUGUUUAAUGUACAGUAACUCGGCCAGUUGGAACUGUGUAUUGCUCUAUGCGUUGCCUUGAGAAGAUUCCAUUGUAGUUGUUCUUUUACGGGUAACCAUUACAAUGAUGUUACAUCAAACAAAUUUUCUUCGUUUCUUUUUAAGGACGAAAAGAGACAAGUUCUUGUAUCCCAUAUUGUACUAACUCUGGUAUGAUCUGUUCCUUUUACUAUUUUGUGAAGUUAUAAUUUUGUGAAGUAUUCUUAAAGGGAAACAAAAAUUACGUUUCUCCCAUUUGGAAAAGUAAUUCAAGAUAUUUCAAAACCUUUUCCAGAUUUUCUUUAUCGUUCUUGGUAUAAAAGAUAUUACAAUUUUAAGUGGAAAAAUUUCCAAUUAAAUAAAAAAAAAUUAAAAUAAAAAAAAAAUUAAAUAUUAAAUUUUAUUUUUAUUUUUUUUUUAAAUUUUUUUAAAAAUUAAAAUUUCCAGUAAAAUCAGUGUGCAUUCCGCCAUCUUGGAUAUGCAUAUCGGGCCAAUCCAUCUUCGAAUAUGCGUGAUGUCACAACCAGGGUAACAUUAUUUUGUAUCUUAAGCAAUUCUCGGAUCAUUUUAAUGCUAAAUUAGAUCUUUUACUAUUGUCCGUUUUAAAUUAAAGCACAAGCUAUGUAUAAGCAUUCCGCUGAUGUUAUGUUUUAGUUUUAAAACGUCUAACCUUUUUGUGACGUAAUUUAAUUAGACCUGAUUAUAAAACAAGAUGGCGGAAAUGGCAGGAUGUUUUGGUUCCAAAUAUCUCGAAAAUUAAGAUAGUUUGGGAGAGUUUGUUAAAAGGCUUUGCAAAUAAUCUUAACAUUCUUCCAAAUUAAGCAAACAUAAUUUUUGUUGCAAUUUUCCAUUAAAUCAGUGAUUUGGCCCUCGUUUUAAAAAUUUCCCCCCUCUUUUUAAUCUUUCUUAUAGCAAUGGAUAGAUCCGCAUUUAACUUGGGAUCCAUCUGAAUAUAUGGGAACUGAGCAUGUUAAUGUUGGUACAAAUAGUCUCUGGAUACCCGAUAUCGUUCUCUACAAUAGGUUGGCUAUACUUCAAAUUUUAGUGAGUUUGAGCGAGAGAACGAAGUAACACCGCGGAAAAACGUCUGCGCAUGCACCAAAUUAUGAAAAUAUGGCGGGGAAUUUGAAUAUCAAUUUCUAAAACAAAAACAUGCUUAUUAAUUGGUCAAAAAUUAGUAAAACAAACGAGAAAAUAUAGCAAAUGGGUAGACUAGACAUUAAUUGAAAGCGUCCUGGCAUUUAAAGUAUGGAAUGAAAUAUAAUUCAUGUAAAAAAUUGUUGAUUUUAACGGACACGACUUCGAAAAUUUUUGCAAAAUUAUUCAAAACAAAAAUUCAAACUAAAAAGUUAAGAAAACUCUCGAAAAGUUAAGCUUCUUAACCCACUCAAAUUGUAGAAUAAAUCCUAAAGUUUAAUUAUUGUGAACACGAAAAUUUUUUAUAUUUGGCGACACAGUUUUUUUUAAAGAAAUGUAUCUCAAACGAAAAUUCGGAAAUUGUCGUUGCUUAGUUGAUAAACAAAAUGUUUCAGACGAUAAAUUUGUCAACAAUCACCUUUAGUUCAUGUUCUUGUACAAUACAAUUUCUUGAACCUUCUGGCUGUAUUUAUUCCUAGUUUUUAGAAUGACAUGUUUAUUUUUGCGCUCGAAAUCUGGCUGUAAAGACGCACAAUGAAGUCACUCCUUUUACCGCCAUUUUGAGCCUUCGGAAACGUUCGGAACAGCUUCUCAUCAAGUUCGCAAUACUAUUACAGGUAAGGUUGACGCAUGCGCAGACGUUUUUCCGCGGUGUUGAACGAAGUAGGAACACGAAGACGUACUUGACAAUUUUUGCCACUCUGCACAUUAUCUUGCGCAUACUGAGUUUGGCGCCUGCCUUCCCGUUAUAGGAUCAUAAUCCUUAAACCUGACUCAGAAAAAAAAGUGAGACAAGAAAUUCUAUCCCGUCUUUGUUCUUCCGCCUUCGUUCAGAACGAAGUUCACGACGAAUUUUGCCAAAAUAUCCGUUCUGAAUGAAGGUAGAAGAACGAAGACGUAUAGAGCAUCAUGUCUCGCUGUUUUGUCUGGCCAGGGUAAGGAUUACCAACAACAACAACAACAACAACAACAACAACAACAACAACAACAACAACAACAACAACAACAACAACAACAACAACAACAACAACAACAACAACAUUCAGAACGAAGUUCACGACGAAUUUUGCCAAAAUAUCCGUUCUGAAUGAAGGUAGAAGAACGAAGACGUAUAGAGCAUCAUGUCUCGCUGUUUUGUCUGGCCAGGGUAAGGAUUACCACCAACAACAACAACAACAACAACAACAACAACACAGCAGUAGCAGCACAAAGUAGGCCUAUUAAACUACAAAGAUUCAGUUCUUGUGUUGAAAAAUCCCGGCGAAAAAAACAAGUGAAAGAAUAAGUGGUUAUUAACGAAAACGAAGCAGUUCUACUUAGUGACAUUUAGCUAUACUGACAUAUUUAAUCCCUAUUUAAUCAGCAUAACCCAAGACCAAGCUGUUGGGAUGCGUCGAGGGGAUAUCUUGGUACAUCACAGUGGCUUAGUGACUUUUAAAAAUGCAAGAAUACUUCAUAGUUCUUGCAAAACAAACGUCGCACACUAUCCAUUUGACAAACAAGAAUGCAUGUUUACGUUUGGCUCCUGGGCCUUCAAUGGUUUUGACAUCUCCAUUGAGAGCAAAGACCAGGUAUUUAUAAACUAUCCAAUAAAAAUUACUAUUUAUUUAAAAUAUUCAUGGUUUCGGAUUAUACGCAAUGCUUGUUUCAUAUUUUUGUACAAUGUUUUGAUGUUAUGUAUUUGUGCUGCAACAUCUGCGUCACCAACGUAAUUGGCUUAUGUUCCUGAGCCGUAUUCCUGUUUGUACUUUAGCCAUUAAUGUUUAUUGAUUGCAUUAACGGCUUAAUAUUAAUAACUGUCUAAAGACCCUUACAGAUGAGCAAUUUUUCCAUGACAAGUUUAUUUGCUCGUGCGUAUGGCAAAAAAUUGUCAAUUCUUCCUUGCCAAGGAUAGUCAGGCAGAUAGAUAGAGGGUCAAAAUUAUGGAAAACGUACCAUAUCGUGGGACAAUUCCAUUUUGCCUUCAUAUUGUGCCCUGAAGGCUAGUAAGUACGUUUCUGUAUGUUGGCCGCGAAUUUUCUUCGAAUUUUGUAUUAAACUCUAUUACAGUUAAAAAAUGUGACAUUUCUGAUACAUUUCUAAUACAAAUGACUUGCAUCAAUAGAAAGCUAACAAAAAACUACAUGUAAGAUAUUUAAAUGGUUAGUUGGGAUUUUCAAGCGGUUUUCGAGUUAUUGCCGUUUCAAAUGUGAAAAAUAAGCCAAAAUCUCGCAAAAUUCCUGGGUACUAGUCUGAAAACACGCAUUCAACAGCUCGUAACUCAAGAAGAACUUGAAAAACCCGGUAAUCGUUUAAAUGUCUUGUAUGUAGUUUUUUUGCAAGCUUUCAAAUGAUGUAAGUCAUUUGUGUUAGGAAUGUAUUUGAAAUUUCACAUUUUUUAACUGUAAUAGAGUUUAAUACAACAUUCGAAGAAAAACGUGGCGGCAGGAGCCCACAAGAAAUUUUAACGCGGCCAACAUACAGAAACGUACUUACUAGCCUUCAGGGCACAAUAUGAAGGCAAAAUAGAAUUGUCCCACGAUAUGGUAAGUUUUUUUCUUCUAUCUGCCCGACUAGGAGUCUUGUUCCAUUAUCUCAUACCUGUGUUAAAAGUGGCUUUCUGAUUGGUUUAGAGCAGGUGAGCUUGUCGUCGAGCUCACCUGCUUUUUGUCCGAACUCACCCGCGAAACUGCUCACGUUGCAAUAUAAACAAUAGCAAUGGCGGACAAGAUUUAGUCGAUAAACCUAAACUUUAAAGAACUUUUUUCGGUGACUAACCUACUGAGACUGAAGAAAAACCAAAGAAAAAAAUGAAAUAAAGGUAAUUUAGACGUACAUAAAGAAGUAAAAAUUUGCGCGAAUUUGCAUUCGCAAACAUUCCGCAUGCCAUUCCGCAAGGACAUCCCGCCUUUUCCAUUCACCGAUAAUCUGGUGUGUAAUUUUCAGAGCGGGGACUUGUCAAGUUACACGAAGAGCGGAGAAUGGGAAAUUGUUGAAUUUUCAACCGAACAACAUAAGAUUGUCUACGGCUGUUGUCCAGAGCCAUAUUACGAUGUCACGUAUUACUUGAAAGUUCGUCGUCAGGUCCUGUACUACGCUAUGUACUUCAUCAUUCCCUGUGCUCUGAUUGCAUUGGUGGCUGCAACUAUCUUCCUGUUACCUCAGGAUUGCAGUGAAAGGAUUACAGUCGGUAAGUUAUAUAGUAGAGAGCUUUAUAGAUUUUAUUACGAGUGGUACAAACGGGAAAUGGUUACCACUUCUGUGCGUAAUACAAAAUGACUGAAAAUUACAAACUUCGCAAGGCUAUAUUAUCCGCACUUUACAACAUUUUGCAACGAAACUUUGGAAUAUUACUAAUUUUGUGAUGCUCUUUCAAGCUGUGAUGAAAUUUUUGCUUAUAGGCAAGUUAAGAUCAAAAUUUUGGAAAAGUGGUAACCAUUUCACGUUUACCACUUCUGUGCGUAAUACAAAAUGACUGAAAAUUACAAACUUCGCAAGGCUAUAUUAUCCGCACUUUACAACAUUUUGCAACGAAACUUUGGAAUAUUACUAAUUUUGUGAUGCUCUUUCAAGCUGUGAUGAAAUUUUUGCUUAUAGACUAGACUUAUUGAGAUCAAAAUUUUGGUUAAUUGGGGAAUGGUCCAUUGUUGAAGGGAUUUGUAUAGAUGGAUUUAUUAUUAUUUCUAUUUUAGGAAUGUCUUCCUUGGUUGGUCUUUCAUUCUUCUUCCUACUCGUAUCAGAAAACAUGCCUCCUUCAGACAAAGUGCCUCUGAUAGGUGGAUAUUAUUCCGUUACCAUGAUGCAAAUGGGGUUUUCAUUUUUUAUGAAUGUUCUUGUAUUGCGAUUUCAUCACAUGACAGAAGAGAACGUUCCUGACUGGGUUCGGGUAUGUGGUUUAUCCACCAAUUCUAAAAAUAACUUGGAUACAUGGGGGGAAUAUUCGUAGGCUGAAAGACGUUGUCCGCAAAUUAAAAUUGAGUGAUAUCCAGAAUUAGCAUAUACUCGGGAGGUAGAGAUAGUGCUUUUUGUCUAUACACGUAAAUACGCACAAGUUGUUACAGGUCUGCAAACAAGUUGUUACAAAUCUAUUCACAAGCCGUCGACAAGUUGUGUAAUUCGCACUGUUUGUUCCAAGUUGUUGUAACAAGUUUAGAACAAGCUGUUAAAGGCACAGUUCAGCCUUUUGAACGAUGGUUUUUAAGGCGCAUUUGAGCCCUUUUAAUUGAAAAAACUAACUAGGAAAAUCAAUUAAGCAUAAUUCAAAAUCAGUAAACUCGAUGUUUUUAACAAUAUAAAUGUUUUAAAAUGUUAAAAACAUUAAGUUUGGUGAUCUUGAAUUAUGCUUAAUUGAUUUUCCUAGUCAGUUUUUUCAAUUAAAAGGGCUGAAAUGCGCCUUAAAAACCAUCGUUCAACAGGCUGAACUGUGCCUUUAACAACUUGAAACAAGCUUGAUGGCAUUAUCAGACUUGUUACAGGCAAGGUUGUUCUAAUAAAGUCUGAUACAGUCAUGAUAUAACAAGAAUGUUACAAGUUUGACGACACAGGGUUGUAACUUGUUAUAUCAUGACUGUAUCGGACUUGUUGGAACAACCUUGCAACAAGUCUGAUAAUAUCAACAACGUUGUUACAAGUUGUUAACAGCUUGUUCCAUACUUGUUUGAUAAGCAGUGCGAACACAACUUGUUGACGGCUUGUUGCCAUUUUUACGAUGAUAAUGCGAGAUUUUUACGUGUGUAAAUUGAAUGGUUGCUCAGCUCUGAAUAUCUAGCACAUUGUUCACGCACCAUUAUUAAAAAGGUCUAUUAGCUUUUCUCACGCCGCCAUUUUGGGGGUACUGCCUUUUCCAAAUCUGAGAUUGUACGCAGUGAAUAAGGGAUUUGUAUAACUAUAAUUGUAAGUAUAUAAGUUAAUUUAUAGUUAAAUAUGUGAACAAAUUUUUUCACAUCGCUUAGAUUUUUGAUGUCAUUUUCAAGAAAGUACCCCAAAAAUAAUUUGGCCUUCGCGAGAAAGGCUAAUUGAAAUGCGUCAGGCACUCUCACCAAUAAGUACGAUUUAAAUCUGUUUAAUAAUUACUAAAUGUGUGUUUUAUCUUUAGAAAUUCAUUCUUGGAUAUGGUGCUCGCUUGCUCCAUAAGAAGUUUUAUUCUAAGGAGAACGCAGAAAGUGAUAGAAAUGAAAAUGCCGAUCAAAUAAAAGUUAAUGGCGGUAUGCAUUUUGUGUCUAACCAUUAAAUUACUUUAUAAAAGUAUUUUUUCAUGUUGUAAAACCCAAAAGAGGUAGAUAUAUGUAUAACCACACUUCUAUAUGUAUAAACUGUGGUAGGACCCUAAAAACAUUCUAGUUAAAAAAUUCCUAGUUAUUAAACCUAGAAAUAACCGUACUGUAUUUGGGUUAAUUUAAUAUUACUGGUUUUAUAAUUUUUUGGUUUAAUUUCCUGGUCAGCAUUUUCCCUACAGUGGCUUACUUAAUAGGACUUUCUGCAUGGUUAACUUAACCAUGUUAGGUGGAUAAAUAACCAGGAGUCCUUGGUUAUGUAUAAACUGUGGUAGGACCCUAAAAACAUUCUAGUUAAAAAAUUCCUAGUUAUUAAACCUAGAAAUAACCGUACUGUAUUUGGGUUAAUUUAAUAUCACUGGUUUUAUAAUUUUUUGGUUUAAUUUCCUGGUCAGCAUUUUCCCUACAGUGGUUUACUUAAUAGGACUUUCUGCAUGGUUAACUUAACCAUGUUAGGUGGAUAAAUAACCAGGAGUCCUUGGUUAUCUACAAGAAUGAAUAACUCUUAAAGCUGGUUUUACACUAUCAAAAUUUCUGUGAUCAUGGUAGAAAUUUUACUUAGGUAGUUUGCAGUUUUGAAGGAUUUGUGAGAAAUGUUUGAUGGAACUGAUUCUAAAUUCUUCAAAACUUUACGUACCUAUGCAAAUUACCUAUGUAAACCAUCCUUAUACAGAACACCAAUGUUAAAGGCACAGUGGUGCAGCCUUAUGAAUGAUGGUUUUUAAGGCACAUUUCAGCCCUUUUAAUUGAAAAACUAACCAAGCAGGAAAAUCAGUUAAGCAUAAUUCAAGAUCAGCAAACUUACGCCCGUAUUCUAAAAGCUCACUCGAUUAGCCAUUCCGAAGUUCAUGAGUGGACUGGGGACGAGUGUUAAAAAGUGCCCAAAUUAAGAAAUGAACCAAAUCACUAAAAAGACCACCUCAAAAUUAGUAAGUAUACAAAGUUUGAAGACGUUUACAUGAAUACCCUUCGAAUAAUAAGCUUUCGAAAAUUGGGGAAUUACUGCAUGAUUAAAAGAUUGUUUUUGGGACGCGCGUCCCAAAAACAAGAAAUUACAAUACAAUACAUUUCAUAGUAAAUAUCACGCUUUUGAAAGCUUAUUAUUCGAAGGAUAUUCAUGUAAACGUCUUCAAACUUUGUAUACUUACUAAUUCUGAGGUAGUCUUUUUAGUGAUUUGGUUCAUUUCUUAAUUUGGGCACUUUUUAACACUCGUCCCCAGAGCCCAGUCCACUCAUCAACUUCGGAAUGGCUAAUGAGUGGAGUACUCAAGAGAAGCUGAGAUUGAGCUUCCACUCAUUGAGUGUGAGUGAGCUUUUAGAAUAUGGGCAUUAAUGUUUUUAACAUUUUAAAACCUUUUUAUUGUUAAAAACAUUGAGUUUACUGAUCUUGAAUUAUGCAUAAUUGAUUUUCCUAGUUAGUUUUUUCAAUUAUCCUUUCUCACGAACGCCAAAAUCCGCCAUUUUUGGGGUACUGUCUGCCCUCGUAAAAGAUUCUAGACAAUUUAAACAACGUAAAAAGCGACUUUUAAAAGUUGUAACUGUAAAUUUAUCAUUAUACAAACAACCACAAUGCUAAAAAGUUGCAUUUCGUGGUGCAGACUCUCAAACGUUGGAGGGCAGUACCCCCAAAACGUAACUAGGCAUGUACGAGUUAUCUAAAUCUGUGAAUUGUGUGGCAACGAUGAAAUUACCUUCAUUUAAAAUUUUAAAAACUUGAUACAUGCGCAUUAUAUCGUUCCAGAUGCUGAAGACAGUUUCGUGAUGAAGGUGAUUGGUGAGAAAGAAUAUUGCGACGAAAUAGUUGAGGAAGACAUGAAAAUAGCUCGAGCCAUUGAAGAACACACGGAAGGCAAAAAGCGAGACGUGGAGUGGAAACAAGCAGCGGCUGUUUUGAAUGACUUGGCCUUAAUACUUCAUGUUGUCGUCGUACUUUUGACUUUCGCCGCCAUGUUUUUUGAAGUUUUGUUUAUCGCUAAAUCAUGA